CAGGUGAGGGGGAGGGGACUCGGAGUUGGAUGUUACUGAAGAUGCCGGCUGAAGAUGAGAAGCAGCCGACACGGCAGACGGGCAGCCCAAGGUCAGGGGGACACCGGCGGACCACCGUCUCGUAACAUGAGCAGACUCCAGGCUGCAGGCCGGAUCACUGCACCGGGAGCCGUUGCCGUUACCUGCCAUGCUUGCUCUCCUCCAGCUGCUGAACCUUCUGGCCCCGCUUUACUUCCUCUGCCUCCUGGCUGUCACCUUAAGCCUCCAGCUCUUCCUCUUCCUCCCAGACAUGUGUGUUCAGCCUUCAGCCUCACUGCCCCUCUCUGGUCUUCUUCACAGCUCCGUCUUCAUGAUCCUCUUGGUUAACACGCUGGGGAAUUAUAUCCUGGUGAUCUGGAACAGUCCCGGUGCCGGGGCGCUCUCGGUGGAGCCAGAUAAGCCAGUCUGCCAGCUGUGCGCUCGAGUCUUGUGGGACAGGGAACAUCACUGCUUCUUCACCGGGACGUGCAUCGGCCGCAGCAACCUGCGCAGCUUUGUCUUAUUCUGCCUGCAUUCGUCUCUGAGCUGCUUCCACGCCUUCGUCAUGGGAGUGGGAUUCAUCUCGGAGAAUUUCUCUCUGUCUUUUUGUGACCCAGGGACCUUCCUCCGGCUGCUGCCUCUGUCCAUCACGCGCUUCUUUUCAGGGUCCCUCCUCAGCUCGGACAUGCUGGUGGUCCUCAUGCUUUACCUCUGGUUUUCGGUGGGUCUGGCCUGUGCCGCCUUCUGCUGCCACCAGCUGCGAAACAUCUGUACGGGACUGAUCUCCCCCCAGCGUCAGCGCGCCGAGCAGCACAUCGCGACCUGGAGGGAAAACCUGAAGAUGGUCUUCGGAAAGCGUUGGUUAUUGGCCAUUCUCAUCCCCCAGCCGAUGGACAAAUAACCCGGAGGUGCCACAAAGUGACCCUUCCAGACUGCACCAGCCAAUGAUUUCACUCCGCUGUGCAGCGCUGAGAACCUAUCCCAACAAGCACCUAUAACCAGCCCCCCCCCAACUGCUCUACACCGACAUCCAUUCCCCCCCCCCGACCGCUCUAC